AUGGAGAAAGAUAAAAACAUAACAUUGGAAACACAAGUUUCUGAUGGAUAUCGUCAAAAUGAAGAUGGCGAUGAAAUUUUAGAUUCAGGUUUGAAGGCUGGGCUUAAAAACAGAAUGAUUAACCUUAUCGCUUUAUGUGGCCUAAUUGGACCAGGUGUUUUCAUAGGAAUGGGUAAUGCCUUAAAAUCUGGCGGCCCUGUAGGGCUACUAGUUGGGUUUGCAAUCGUUGGAAUUUUAGUUCUAUCGAUGAUGAGUUCAAUUGGGGAAAUGAAUGCUACUUUGGAUUCCAAUUUUGCAAUACUGGGAUCAAGGUUCGUGUCCAAAGGAUUUGGUGCAACGAUUGCUAUUUAUUAUGUUAUCCUUUGGAUAACCAAUAUAAUCGCCGAAUAUACGUCAUUGAGUUCAGCGAUGCAAACUUAUUCGGAUACUGUUCCAACUUACGGGUGGUAUUUAAUUUUUUGGUUUGUUUUCACAGUAUUCCAAUGCUUGGAUGUGUCAUGGUGGGGUGAAGCAGAAUAUGUUUUGGGAUUCGUCAAAUUGGCUUUUUUAUCGGGAUUUUAUCUUUUUUCAAUAAUAUAUGCAGCUGGUGGUAUUCCAAACCACAAACCGGAUAAUCCUUUUGGAAACUAUCCUUUGAAGGAUGGCUUCAAAGGUAUCGCCAACUCAUUUGUUUAUGCUGGAGUGUUCUAUUCUGGUAUUGAAGGUGUCUCUGUCAUUGCUGCCGAAGCUCGAAAUCCACGUAAGGCAAUUCCUACGGCUGUUAGAAGUACAGUAUUUAGAGUGUUUUUCGUUUAUUUUGGUCUUUCAAUUUUCUAUGGUAUCACUGUUCCGUACAAUGACCCAUUAUUAAACGACGCUAAUAAUGUGAUGAAAUCCCCAAUGACAAUUGCGAUUACCGAAGCUGGCUGGCCUGGGUCCAAAUAUUUUGUUACAACUAUGAUUUGGAUCACUUGUUUUUCUUCAAUAAACUCUGCAAUUUAUUUUGCAUCUCGGUCUCUCUUCACAUGGUCUAAAGCAGGUUUUGGCCCAAAAAUAUUUACAAAAGUGAAUAAAAAGGGAGUUCCAUAUGUCGCCAUCCAUGUAUGUCAUAUUUUCGGAUUUUUGAGCAUCUUGUCUUACUCCUCAGGCGCUUCGGUUGCAUAUUCAUAUAUUGUUUCUGUAACAGGAGUUGCUUGUUUCAUUGUUUGGACAUCAAUUUCAAUUACACAUUUAAGGUUCAGACAAGGGUGGAUUGCUCAAGGUUAUCCACUAGAGGCGUUGCCAUACAGAUCAUUUUUGUUUCCAUGGAUGAAUUAUGUUGCAAUUGUGAUUGGUGUGGUUUUGACAUUAGUUCAAGGAUGGUCAUGUUUCAAGCCGUUUGAUUAUAAAACAUUUGUUGAUUCUUACAUCAUGCUACCCCUCUUUUUCAUUUGUUGGUUUUGUUAUGAUAAGUUCUAUUUUAAAUCAUGGUUUAUCAAAGUAGAAGAUAUGGAUUUUGAAAGUGGUAAAAGGCCCGAUCUUGAUGAUACAGUAGGAACAGAGCUUGAUAACUGUGGUAAAUCCGAAGUAGUGUACACAGGCUCAUCGAAUGAAGAAGAGUUCUGA